GCCGGUCUCCUGACUUGAAGCAUUCAGCCAUACAUGGCUGUAGAGGCAGACAAGGAGCAGACUUCCUUUGGGAUGGCCUGUGUACACAAUGGGAUUCGCCACACAGAGACUAAUAUGGUGCAUUUAGACAAGUGUGUAGCAAUUGAGGGGAAAAUAGUACCAGCAUGAUUUGGACAUUCACCCCAUGGGUUUGGGGCAUUUUGUUGCUUGGAACAGGCUCCCACUGCCAGAAGAUAAUAGACCUAUGUGACCCCAGUCCAUGCCAGAAUGGGGGGAGGUGUGAGAGCCAUGUUGGCGGCUAUGAGUGCCACUGCCUCAAACAAAGUCAAGAUGGUUUCCUCUAUGGAGGUGUGAACUGCACUGUGAGGCUGGUGGGCUGUAAGGGCCAUGAGUGCGAGAACCAGGGAUCCUGCUCUCCUUUCCUAAUGGAUGGGACCCACGGCUACUCCUGCUCCUGCUCGCCUGGCUUCACCGGCCCCCUCUGCAAAACCCCCACCACCUUCUCCUUUGAGCGCAGUGGCUACCUGCUGCUACAGAGCCCUGUGUGGGACGCCGAGGCCUCUUGCAACAUCACCCUGAGCUUCCGGACUGUCCUUCCCAGGGCGGUGCUUUUCCAGCGAAAUAGCAGGGGGCUGCUGCUGAGCCUGGAGCUGGAGGGGGGACAGCUGGUCCUCACCCUGAGGAAGGAGCUCUCUGCCGGGGAUGAAACGGAGACCACCAGCCAGGCUCUGGAGCUCCCACACAGUGUCGCUGAUGGACAGUGGCAUUCCGUGGAGGCUGUUCUCGACAAGUGGCUGCUCAGUCUGAAACUUUUAGAUGAUGCAGGGACCUGUGAGAGCCAGGACUGCCAGAGGGUGGCUCCAAUAGAGAGCAGCCUGCUCGGGCAGGUUUCGCCCCUCCAGAACACUUUCAUCGGAGGAGUGCUUGAGGACACAAGUGGCCCCACUGAUGAAAACCUGCUCCCAGUCUUCAUCGGCUGCAUGCGGGAUGUGUUUGUGGACUGGCAGCUUGUCGUCCCUGAGGAAUGGCUGAGUGACUCUGCGGUGAAUGUUUCCCCCGGCUGCAGCCACAGGGACCGCUGUCUGGAUGUGCCUUGCCAAAACAAAGGCCAGUGUGUCAACCUGUGGCAGAGCUACCAGUGCAAGUGUCCUAGACCUUACGAGGGGCAGGAUUGUGAAGAGGAAUAUGUGACUGCGCGUUUUGGGAGUGAGGACUCUCAGAGCUACGCUGCGUUUACCAUCACCGACAGCCUGGGUCCCGACAUCACCAUCUCCCUCUUCCUGCGCACGCGGGGGCACACCGGCCUCCUCCUCAUGCUCGCCAACAGCAGCAGCCAUUACUUGCACAUGUGGUUGGAGGACGGCAAGGUCAAAGUUCAGUUCAAUAACCUGCAGAGCCUGAAGGGGGAGAGAGUGAUCAACGAUGGAGAAGUGCAUUUUGUGAGCGUAGAGAUGGGGCGAGAGCACAUGACGCUGUUCGUAGGAGCCCGGCAACCGGGCCACAUGAAGGUCAGCACAGUCGACAUCCAGGUGGGCGAUGUGGUGUACGUGGGUGGUCUGCUGGACAGGGAGCAAACUGCAGCGUUUGGGGGAUACUUCAAAGGCUGCAUCCAGGAUCUGAGGAUCAACGACAGGAGACUGCAGUUCUUUGGUUUGGACACAUCGGUGAGAUCCUACCCUGUGGAGCUCAUGGCAAAUGUGACCACUGGAUGCUCAGGGGACAACGCCUGCAGCAGCAACCCGUGCUUAAACGGUGGGAUGUGCUUCUCCACAUGGGACGACUUCACCUGCACCUGCCCACCCAGCACAGCAGGGCGGCGCUGUGAGGAGGUCAGGUGGUGCGAGCUGUCGCCUUGCCCCCCAGACACAGAGUGCAGGAUGCUGAACCAGGGAUACGAGUGCUACUCCAAUGCAACCUUCUUGAAUGACAGCAGCAUUUUGUCCUAUCAAGGAAACGGCCACAUAUCCAGCAACCUAACCAGCCUCUCCCUAAAGCUGCGAACACGGAAGCGCCAUGCAGCUGUCCUGCACGCCGAGAAGGGUUUGGCGUUCCUCACUGUGUCCAUCCAGGAUGGCCUGCUCGUCAUGGAGCUUCAGAGCACCACUGGAGAAGAGGGAGAGGAGGAGGGCUUCUCUACAGUCAGCCUGAGCAGCCAUAAGAGUGUCAGUGACGGCCAGUGGCACAGCAUCCAUCUGUUUAUGAUCGUGCCGUGGGCACAAACCUCCCAGUGGAUGCUGGUGCUGGAUGAGGAAGCAGAGGAAGCCACCUCCAGCAGCCCGGGGGGCAACCUGAACUUCCUCAGAGACGGGGUGGACAUCUUCCUGGGUGGCCUGAGCCCUGAUGCUGGAUGGAGCCUAGUUGGGUGUCUGAGCACUGUGGAGCUGGGCAGCAUUGCCCUGCCUUACUUCAGCUCCUCUGAGGUUAACUUCCCGCGCGUGCAAGAGGAGCAGUUCAUCCGGACAUCGCUCCUCCCACCGCUCAGUGGCUGCACCGGGGCCCCCGUGUGUCAGCCCAACCCUUGUCUGAAUGAAGGGGAUUGCCAGGACCUCUUUAACAUGUACAACUGCAGCUGCAUUCAGGGCUGGGGCGGCAGACACUGCGACUUCUUCACCAACACCUGCGCCUCCAGUCCCUGUGUUCACGGCAACUGCAGCGUGAACGGGCUGACCUACAAGUGUGCCUGCGAGUUUGGCUACGCAGGUGUGGACUGUGAGCAGCAGGUUGACGUGUGUGAGAACCACCUGUGUGCCCACGGAGCCACCUGUCUGCACGGGCCAGACAGGUACGCCUGCCUCUGUGCUGAAAACUUCACAGGACCAUACUGCACUGAACGUGUUGAAGACAUUCCGUGGUACAUCAUUGUCAGACAUGUACGGCCCAAGCUGCCUGUUUCUGUGUGCGGCGACGGGAUCAGAAACUACACCUGCUUCAACGGAGGAAACUGCACUGACCGAGAGCUUUCCUGCGACUGUCCGCCUGGAUUCAAUGGACUACGGUGCGAGCAGGAGGUGGACGAGUGCAAGUCCAACCCCUGUCUGAACGGGGGCUACUGCCGCAACCUCAUCAACAGGUUCGUCUGCGUGUGCGACAUGAGCUACGCCGGAGACUUGUGCCAGACCGACGUAAGCGACAUUUACUUUUACGUGGCCGUGCUGCUGUGGCAGAACCUCUUCCAGCUGCUCUCCUACCUCGUCCUGAGGCUGGACGAUGAGCCGGAGGUGGAGUGGGGAGCCGACGAUUGAGUGUAUGCAUGUGUUUGUGUGUGUGUGUGUGUGUUUGUCUCUGGGAUUAUUUGAAAAAGAGAGAAUGCAGUAGCUGUAGGUGUAGGUGAUGGUUUGGCAGUGAGUGUGUGUGUGUGUGUGAUAAAAAGGUGGGAGGUAGUUUUCAGGAUGCCCACGUAAUACACAGGGGAAUCCUCUGUGUGAUCACCACCAGUAUACUGUAUAGACUAGAUUUUUUUUUUUGUUUCUGUGCCUUAAAAUGACACUUUGGUCAUGGACAGCACUUUUCUUCCACAAUGCAGAAAAUCCGAGUGUCAAACAGCAGCUACAGACCUCAGAGACAAUCAACUCUGUACGGACCAACACAGAAACAAAAUACAGUUUUGCGAUUGCACAAGGUAGUUGUUGCGUUUCUAAAGAAAGGGAGGGAUAUUUUACAGUCAGUUAUGCACUUUGUCGGUGAAGAGGAGAGUACUGUAGAAUAACUAUUACUUAUAAUGUCCUUUACUUAAGACAUCCUGUCAGCCUUUUCUAAAAAAUCUGAUCUUGGGAGCACUUUGUGGAUGAAUGGAUGUACUAGUGUUGUAACUACAAAGGCACCUAGAGGCCCUGGAAGACGGCAGAAUGUCCCACGUGGCUUUUCAAGUGGGUGCAGAUCACAGUGGUGACUGACUUACCGCUGUGCUGUUUCACACCAGAGAGGAGGGUUUCUAUCUCGCAGCCCGAGGCACAGAUAUCGUGACUCUAAUUCCCUAUGGCUCUGGGUGCAACAACGGCAUUAUGCGCAUAAAUGCUGGUACUCAAAUCACAUGAAAGAAAAAAUACAUUAGCAUGAAUCACAGUUCCUUUUUUUUCAUGGUAGACUUGCAUGUGUUUUUUUUUUUUUUUUUUUUCAGCCUCGUUUUUUGUCCCAGUUCUAGAUGAGACUCUAUGUAAUCAAUGGCUCCGAGUGUAUCUUCUUGUUUGUCUGUCAUUCUCCUGUCACAUGCUCUGUCCUCAUGUCUCACCUGUCCCGUCUCAGUUUGUAUCCACUCUGUGUGUCUGUCUUCACUGUUUUCAAAUAAACAAAAAAACAAACCUG